AUGAAGCACGGGAGACCGCUGGUGCACGGGUACUACCUGCCCCUAAUAGCCGACGUGGAAAACGUUCUUUCGUUAGGAGAGGACCAAGACGUACGGGAGCGCACGAGAUGUCAAGUUGUCAACCACGUCCAAAACUUCGUGCAAAGAUUUUCGAGUCACAGUCCGUCACAGCUCGAGCGGUUCUGUCACAAAGCAGAAGUCAAGACGAGGAAAUUCGUCAAAGACAACCCGGACAUCCUAAUCACGGAAGCGGACAAGGGGAACAGGACGGUGGUCAUGAGUUUGGAGGACUAUGAUGGGAAGAUGCUGCAGCUCGUCAAUGACUCCGAUACGUACGAACCACUAAAAGCAGAUCCGACUGAUAAAUAUCAACGGAAAAACAACAGCAUGGUUCAACGUCUGGUCAAUCUGCAGCUAAUCGACGGUAAAACCAAACACCAGUUGAUGUGCUACAACGCUGUGUGUCCACGCAUAUAUGGAUUGCCAAAGGCACACAAGCAAGGAAUGCCACUACGCCCAGUGGUGCCCAACGUCACAGCACCAACGUACCACCUCAGCAAAUACAUCGCGCAGAUAUUACAGUCGUCUUUUACCAGCGAAUACGAUGCCAGGGACUCGAAGACGUUCUGUGAGUAUGUGAACCAGCUAGAUGUACCCCCGGACCACAUAAUGGUCUCCCUUGAUGCCGUAUCCCUGUUUACCAACGUAACCAAGCCAUCUGUCAUCCAUGACGUCAUCAUGGUUUGGGACAAAAUCCGGGGAAAAACCAGAAUCAACCUCGAUUUAUUCCUGGAACUAAUCACAUUCUGUAUGGAUGCAAGCUUCUUCUGCUUCAGAGGAAAGUUUUUCCAUCAACGGUCCGGUACGGCAAUGGGCAGCCCACUGUCACCGGUGUUAGCGGACAUCGUGAUGGAUAGCAUCAUCAGCAGAGCAAUCAAUGCAGCAAACAUUCCACCGCAGCACAUCCGAAAGUAUGUAGACGACCUAUUUUUGCUGAUCCACAAAGAUCGGGUGCAGGAGGUACUCGAAAUAUUCAACCGACAAAACGAAAGCAUCAAGUUCACAUGCGAGGUUGAAAAGGAAGGGAAGCUGCCAUACCUGGAUAUGCUACUGAUCCAAACGGGUGAAGGAAGAAUAAAAACGGACUGGUAUUCAAAGCCGAUAUCGUCCGGCAGAAUACUAAAUUUUUUCUCCUUCCAUCCCAUUGAUCAAAAAAUCGGGGUUGCAACGAACUUUAUCAAUCGAGUUCGUACCCUGAGCACAAUCCGGACAGAAGAGGAGAAGAAUCAACUCAUCCGGAGACAGCUUUCAAGCAAUGACUACCCACUGCAUCUGAUAAACAGAAUGCUGCAUCAAUCAAGACCACCCGAAGCAGCAGACACGCCGAACGUAUACCGAUCUGUGGUGCACAUCCCCGGUCUAACACCAACCAUCAAGAGAAUGCUCAGGCAAAAUGUUCCGUCGGUUGGCAUUGCAUGUAGCAACACCAACACAGUUAAGCAGCUGUAUAAAACAGCAAAAGAUCCCGUUCCGUACAUGCAGAAGUCCAAUGUCGUGUACAAAAUAACAUGCAGAGACUGCUCCGGUUGCUACAUUGGUAUGACCAAGAACCAACUGAGAACGAGAAUGUAUGGCCAUCAAACGUUGAUAAACACGUUGGAUAGGAAGCUCUCAGCUGGACUCUCAUACGAUGAUCCAGAGAUACAGCUGCUAUCUCAAAAGACUGCUUUGAUGGAGCACUGUAUACAACAACAGCACAGAUUUGACGUAGCCAACCCUACAAUCAUCGACUGCUGCUUCAAAACUCAGGCUCUCCCUGUUUUGGAAAUGUGCCACAUUCUCACCACUCCACAAACAGUGAACCGUCGCACUGAUACGGAAGACAUGAGCGCUACCUACAGCUUUCUCAUCGCAUCGGUAGACGAUCUCCGGAGGGAAAACAGACGCACAGAUGGAUCGAGAAACCAAUACAAUGAUGCGAGACACACAACACAAGAUGACACCGUCGGCUAA